UAAAUUCGAAUGGGACGCAGAGAAGGAAACUGAAAGAAUUCUGAGGACAGCAAGGAGGACAAAGAGGAAGUUCGGUAACCCCAUAAUUAUUAACUGAAAUCGAGUGCCAAUAUCUGAAAUGUCAAUGGAAAGCAGCCAUGUGGAAGAAAAGCUUUGCUCGAAAAGACAAGAGAGAGAUCAUCAUCAUUUAGGCUGGAUAUCUGGUCUUCUCAGGAGGAGGAAGAAGAGGUCAGCACAAGAAGAUGAACGUAGCAUAUCUGAAGGCGAUUCUCGUUUGAUGAUAAGACACAAAGCCAAGAUUUUGCAUUUGUUUCUCUCUGACAUCAUGAGGAAGCUGAAACAUGCAAUCAGAAAAGAGAAACCGCGGCACGACCACCGCAGAUUGCUGGAAACGAAGAAAAGCUUUCAGAAGAGUUUGUCAACCAAAGAUCAUUUCUUUCUCGAGCGCAUGACUUCGAUAUCUCGACAGAGAUCUCAUCAUCAAGAACACUACGACAACGAGAAACAUCUCUCUGAGAUGGUAGGAAAUCAAAGUAGGAUCGUAUUAUCCCUUCCCGAGGAUUCGUCUCCUUUCAGCAGCCCAGGAAGAGUAUGGGACAAGAAUUCAACCGUGCUAUCGAGAUCUUCUACUUCAGACGAUUUCAUGAACUCUGAAACAGUUGCAGAUAAUUCCUUAACUAUCAAAGAGAUAGACUCUGCUUCACCGAUAGAAGGAGAUGAGAUUGUUGAUGAGAUGUCAAAAGUUGAAGCUCAUGAGGGUGGAAUCUUGGAAGAGACACUACUGUCUCAUCUCUCUGUGUCCUCAUCACCAUCCCAGCCACUAUUCAUUGAAUAUGAAAUAAAUCCAGCAAGAAGUGAAGCAAAGAUACAACAACCUCCGCGUAACCAAUUGCAAGAAGAGAACCGUGGUAUGGAUGACAAAGAAGCAUUGUUUAAGUACGUAAAAGAGGUGUUGGAUGCAAUAGACUCAAAUUGGGAAGAGCUGUAUCUGAUAACAGAUUACUCUGACCAGCUUCUUUGUCCGGCAAUAAUCAGCAACAUACCAUUAUAUCCAAACAAGCUUUGUGUAGACCAUGACCUCCUCUUCGACAGCAUCAACGAAGUUCUCUUCGAAUUCUGCAGGUUUCCUCAAUAGGUUUCCUUUGUUGAACCCAG